AUGUUGGUUCCACCUCUGACACAGAGAGGACAGCACUUAUGUUGGACUUCUAAUUAUUCAUUUAAAAAUAAAUGAGAAACUAACAAAACAUUCUAAACUGAGUACAAACGGAUACAAACGUAGAACAAACUGCAGAGUGAGUUCAUUUGGAACAAAGGAAGCACCUGUGGCUAUCUAGAUACUAAUAACAAAGCCUUGUCCCUCAUUCGACCGAAAGAGAGGUUUGGGGACCAUUAUUUUUUUUACUGGAAGUUCAUCGUAAUACGGACUGACAACUGAUGAAAUUCGUUUGAAAACAAGCUGAAUGAGCAAAAGUCAGGAGAAUGUCCAAAUACGUAGAAUUGGCAAAGCUCCCCACGAAUUACGCAAAACGAAUGAAUCGUUUGAGCAAUCGUAUAUUCGGUGAGGUAUUGAGACCGACUGACAACAAAUCAAUGAAAGUCGUCACUCUAUUCAGCGAAAAGCCGGUGAACAAAGAUCCUGCAAUCGUCGACUACUACCCCCGGCAUGUGGAAAUCGGAUCGCUGAUGAAACAUUUGAGGGCCUACGGCCUCUUCCGAAACGAGCACUUGGAUUUCAAGGAGGAGAUUGAGAGACAGAGGAUUCUCAAAGGGAAGAAGCCCAGGAGAAAGUAUCAAGGACCUCCGAAGGGAGAGACAAAGAAGAAGGAAUAGGUUUAGUUGUUUUCAAUCUGUUAUGAUAAUUAAUUCAAUUUGCAAUACAUUUUUUCUUGGUGACAAGAAUAUUGAGUAUCUGUAGAUGAUUGAGUUAAUAUCACAUCCCCACGUCUUGGUGAGGAUUGAGGUCUUUUAUCUCCAAGUAAAACAAUAAAUAAUAUUUCGAGUCAGUAACAUCCAGAUAAAAA